ACGAAAUUGAAGAAGAAGUUAAACAAACAUGGCGGCCCGCAUACGGCUACCCUUGCUGUUCCUUAGAAACUCGUUCCCGUUUCGAAGCCAAAGCCUUGUCCACACCGAGGUUGGGGUUAAGGAGCCAACGUACCCCCCCAUAGUCCCCUCAAUAACGGCUAAAAGUAAAUCUGCGCGGCGGCGUCAGGUUGAGGAACAUGUGCAGAAGAUACGCGCCUCUUCCGUGCAGGACAAGCUGUCGCUCAUCACUCGCAUCCAGCGAAUGAAAUUUGUGGUCUACCCUCAGACCUUCGCACGGAACGCAGACAGAUGGUACCAGCACUUUACUAAGACCGCGUUCAUCCCGGCCCUGCCCGAAAAAUUCACCCCGGGCUCGGAGAAACCCGCAGCGGUGCCGGGGAUCGACGAUGAUGCGUUCGCGGACAUUCGCUCCUUGGUGACCCGUGCCAUUCUGCACGAGCACUGGGAAAUUAGAAAGCGCAAGUCUUUCAUGUACAGACACCAGGAGCAGGUGGUCGGACCUUUCCUGAGGACCCUGGUGUCUGGACUCACCUACAGUCUGGCCAAGUACAACCCUCUGCUGCGGCUGUCCAGUCUGGAUCUCAGUCCACAAGUGAACUUUUAUUGGAGAAGGGGUCAGAGAAUUAUCCCAAAAGGCCACCGGAGAGGCCACCUCGAGCCAACCAGGUUCCAGAUUGACGACCACCCGCACAGCCAGAUCAGAGUAACCCAACAGCUGCCUCAGUUUACCCCACUGGAAGCCUCGUAUGCAGCCGAAGUUCCAGAGAUCACGUUUGCUCCCAAUGUGAUGCCGCUGUUCAGAAGGCAGUAUGACAACAACAUCUUCACAGGUGCGAAGCUACCAGACCCGGCAUGUUACGGUCACACUCAGUUCCACCUGGUGCCCGACCGAUACCACAGAGACCGGAUGGCUCGGCAGCAGCAGGCCGACCAAGUGGAGGUUUUCCUCAGAGCCAACGCGCUCGCCAGCCUCUUCGCCUGGACGGGAGCUCAGGCCGUGUACCAGGGUUUCUGGAACUACGAGGACGUCACCAGGCCCUUCGUGUCCCAGGCCGUGAUCACAGACGGCCGCUUCUUCUCCUUCUUCUGCUACCAGCUCAACACAGUUGCACUCUCCGUGGAGACCGACGCCAACAACCCCAGGAAAAACCUCCUGUGGGGUACCGAGAGCCUGCGGCUCUACGAGAGCGUGCAGGAUGGAGAGGUGGUGGGUCUGAAUGAUGGUGUCAUCAAGCUUCUCGUUCAGUUUCUCAUGAACCAGCCAUAG